AUGGUCUUUAUAUACAAAGAAAUUUCAAGGGUGGAUCGUCGAGAAACUGUGAGAUACUGGUCUAGCGCGCCAAGAAGCAAUAAGAAUGUUUUGUGCUCUGCGAAAGGCAAUUGGCCUCGUGGAAAGUCAUGUUACUUCCCUAUCAAAAUAAGAUUUCCCUGGUACAAGGGUCAUUACGAAUGUGCCAAGUUAGGUGGAGGUUUGGCUGUUUUGGAUGAGUUGAAUGCAGAUGAUAUCGAUCAAAUGUGGACUCAGCUGGAUCUGCAAAAUGAAACAUAUUGGAUCGGCCUAACAAUGACCUUGUUAUGGUGGAAAAAAAAAAGGUUGGAGAAUUUACACCAGAAUUUGUGCCCAAAAAAUGUCUUCUUUGUUUUCUGA